UCUGUGGCUGAUGAGUGUUUCAGAGGAUCGACCCAAAACAAACAGGGGCUGUGGUGAGAUCUCGCGAUGACCGCCGGGAUCCCUCUGAUUGGUGGAGGGGGGCGCGGCGGCCUGUCACAUGGUCUGGAUUGACUUGGCAUUCUGGGACACAAACAGUGGAGAGGAGCCCGAUCAGCGGCUUCCAGCGGAGGAGACACGGGGAGAGGAGGCACGACAGCCCGCUACCGGAGAUACGACACAGUGCGUCGUCCACACCCGACCCUGCCGCUCUGUUGUCCGGGUGAAGAGGAGCUGCAGGUCCGCUUUAGCUCGUGAUAUGCAGCCGUGGAGUUUAUCCACACGCAGAGCUAGUUAGCUAAGCCUCGCUGUAAUUCAUGCUAGUGGCUUGACGUUAGCUUCGUGUGGCUGCUGCUGCUGCUGCUGGAAAAAGUUUGUUCUGCUCCUGGUCUCAGUGCAGAGACGUGUUGGAGUUGUUUGUCCUCGUAGCUCGUGUCCUGACAACCGCCUCCAUCAUCUGUCCUGGGGCUGAAGGGGAGGGGGGGGAGGAGAGGAGAGGGGACAACUCUGAACAUGGCGAGUUUCUCAGACAGAGGUUUUAAAAGUGGCACUUCCAAGUGGUCGGACCGGCUCGCAGCCCAUGGGGUGUACCCGAGAUAGACACGGUUAGAGUGCACACCUCGUGUGAUGGCCAAGGACAGUGACGGAUUUCACGUGUGUGUCUCAUUGCACUGUUGCAGAGUGAAGCCAUCUCCUCCAUAAAGUUAGUAGAGACUGACAGAAACCUUUAACAUCCCAGCUGUCUCCAGGUCUUCAUCCAGGUCCCCCCCCCUCCCAGAGCUCAUCUGAGGGGCCAACAUGUCAGUGUCAGGGGCCACGACCGUGCAGCUGCUCACCAAGCUUGUGAAGCAUGCGGUGGGCAAGGCUCAGAUCCAGCUGAACCGCUGGCUGCAGAGGACUGCCACAGAGGAGUGUGACAAAAUCGACAUCCUGAUCUGCAGCGCCUUCGACGAGAGAGGAGCCGGAGUGGGGAAGUCGGACGAUGACCCUGAGGUGACCAGUGACUCGGGGGGGACGAGCUUCGCCGGUGGUGGAGGAGAGUUCAGACACCCCUGCUGUAUCACCACGUUCUGCUUCAAGGGUGCCUUGCUGGCGUGCAUCCUGACCGCCGUGUGCUUCUCCUCGGUCGCACUUGUGCGCCAAUACCUCAAGGACCUCCUGCUCUGGGUGGAGAGCUUGGACAGCUUCGUUGGGGCCUUUCUCUUCAUAGUUGGUUUGAUUAUUGUGUCGUUGCCUUGCGGAUGGGGAUACAUUGUUCUUAAUGUGGCAGCUGGCUACCUCUACGGCUUUGUGCUGGGCGUGGGACUGGUCAUGGUGGGAGUUUUAAUAGGGACCUUUGUGGCCCACCUGGUCUGCAAGCGCUUACUGAGCGACUGGGUGCUGAACAAGGUUGGGAACAGUGAACAGCUCAGUGCUGUCAUACGAGUGGUGGAGGGAGGAAGUGGACUCAAAGUUGUGGCCUUAGCGAGACUCACCCCCAUUCCCUUUGGGCUUCAAAAUGCAGUUUUCUCGAUCACAGAUGUGUCCUUGCCAAACUACCUGGUGGCCUCCUCUGUGGGUCUGUUGCCCACCCAGCUUCUCAACUCCUACCUGGGCACCACGCUUCGCACCAUGGAGGACGUCAUCGCUGAGCAGAGCUUCAGCGGUUACUUUGUGUUCACCCUGCAGAUUGUCAUCAGCAUCGGCCUGACGUUCUACGUGGUACACCGGGCUCAGGUAGAGCUCAACGCAGCCAUCGCAGCAUGCCAGAUGGAGCUGAAGUCGUCACACAUGAACGGGUCCUCCACCAAUCACAGCAGCUUCACCUACUGCAGCAAGAGGGCGACAGCUGGAAGUGGAAACUGCGUUAAUGUGGUGUGACGUCAAUUAACCACAUGAGGUGGUAGCUCCUAUGACUGAGCUGUAAAACUACAGAUCCGAAGGGAACCCUCUGGAAAACAGCCCAAAACCCGUUGGUGGUGGUAUGGUACGUCUUCACCCAUGUGAAGAAUGACUCUAAACUGUUUGUCUUCAGUCGGUACAUUUUUUUUUUUUUUUUUUACAAGUGUUGGGACCAGGCACCUUUGAAGAAAAGGUGUUGACGAAUAUAGAUUUGAGGUAUGUCAUUGUGGGAAUUUAUUUUAAAUUUGUGUUAUUUACAUCAAGGUACUUCUUGACAUUUACUGUUACAGGAGAUGUCAAUAAAAUUAGGAUGACAAGAGAAAUCAGCAGUGGCUGAAUGAGCGAGUGAGUCAUGUAAAAAAAAAAAACAGUUGGCAUUAACUGCCUGCUAAAGCUAUGAAUGUGCAAUCUGGAGCUUUCUAGAGAACCAAGGAAUUGUUUUCAGUGUCAAAAGAAUGCCAACCUAUGCACCUUUAUCUCAUACUUCAUCUGUUCUUAUUUAAUUUCAGGACAUUUUAGGAUUUGUUGACAUCCCAUGUUAAUUUACGAUGUAAAUAAUAAGGGCAUUAAUAAUAUUUUUGUACAAAUUAGGCCAUUUACUCCAGUUAAUUUUUAAGUGUCUUAUUUUUGGACUAUGGGGCGAGGAGCAGUGAGUCCUACAGGCCUCUCUGACUUGCUUAUGACCACAUCAGCUGAAUUGGCCUCCCCUGCCCACAGAUCAUUUUAGCACUUCUGCAGUUUUGAGAAGCAGCAGCUGGAGAGGGGAGAAGAAUUCACAGCAGGAAACUCAGGAACGGGUCUGGCAGGAAAAGUCGAAAUGCACAGUGCGAGCGGCUCCUCAGCAGCAUAGCCACAUUGCUCUGCUACAGAAACUGAGACGCUGAGCUUUCCUGUAAAAGUUUAUGAGUGAUUUGGUUUUACAUUCGCUUUUUUAAAUUUAAUACAUAGUUCUUGCUUAAGAUAGUUUUGAAAAUGCUGUGCAAUACAUCAGUGAUGAAGUGUGAAUGUCAUAUACUACAGUGCUGAAACCAAACUAAUCAGAGAUGAAAUGUCAUGCAUGACAAAGCAGUUUUUUGGGGUUUUACUUACAUAAGGAGUAUAUGAUGAGAUAAAGAGGCUGUUAUUUUCUAUGUGCCAUAAUUUGAUAAAGUUUAUUAGAUAUUGUAACACUGGCUCCACCCGAGCUAAGGCUGUGUGACUUAUGACUUUAUUUUAUUACUUAAUAAUGUUGGUAAUGAUAGAACUGACCUGUGAAGAAUCCGUAUGUUUUGUCUCUUAAUAACACAUCAACAAAGCUCAUUGUGCAUAUUCGUAUGCACAGUCCACGACAACAUUAUUUUCAUAAAGAUAAGUUAAAGUGGGAAGGGGUUUGGUUGGUCAGGAGAUGGAACAUGGGUCUCAGAAGCUGACAAUCAAACACAACAUAGACACUAAAAUGAUGAAUGUGAUGAUACUUUUUAUUUUUACAUGAAUUUUUGUGAUGCUGCUCCCCAGUCAAAAUCUGAUUGAGGAAUAUUAAGGGCUCCUAUAUAAUACCCAUUUUUAUGUCACUACAUCUGUUCAAAAUUCUUUUUGUUUUUGGAUUUUUAUGUUAUGCAUGUUUGUCAGAGUUUUGCCCACAUUCCAUGCUGUCAGUCUGAAAAGAUGUCAAGUUAUUCUCAUGCUAUAUGUUGGUUGAAAGGGCCCCUUCCUGUCUGAAUUUAGCAAUAAUGUUUGAAAGUCAAGAGCAAAAAAAAAAAAAAAAAUCAGAUAGAAGUCCUACCGAUAAGAUCUUCAGCCAAUUGUUGAGGAGUUGCUGUUCGGAUCCAAAGUUCCAGACAUAUUUGUCAACUGCAUUUGAUUCGUUAUUCGUUCACGUUCCUCUGUAAGAUUGAGUUUCAACAUUCCUAAGUUUACGUUCCAAUGUUCAACCUGCCUUUUACCUCCUCAUGCCUCUGACAGACAUGUCUGCGUUGACAAAGAUGUGGAGGUGACACUUCUGAGAACAGAACAGUCUGUUCGUAACACUUUGUUCGGAGAGUCCCUGAACCCGCUGAUCACUUAAUAAUUGAAAAAUCUUGCUAAUUGCACCUGAACAUUUUUCCAGCGUCUUACUUGAAUUGAACGUUUCCGUAGAGAGGGAUGAGAGCAUGUUUUUAUGGCUAAGAGCUUCAUGAAAUAUACUCUAUUCCUCACUUUUAAAGAAAUGGAAAUUGGUUUUUCUUUAGUUCUUAAUUGGAAAAUAUAAAUUCACAAGGUUUUCAUCUGACAGCAGUGUACCUACUCUCCAAGUAGAGUGUGAAUCUUGCAGCUGUUGCUCUCAGAAGUGGGAGAGAAGUGGACGUUACACCGUGUUUGAUUCGAAAAUUUAAAAACGUGAAACUUGAUCGGCCGCCGCGGACACGCUUCAUAAUAUUUCAGCUUCUCGGCCAGAAAAAAGAUUUUGGAAAACAAGCAGUUUUACAGCAGAGGCUUUGGUUCUUUAUAGGUGGGCUCUAUUUAACUUAGAUCUAGUUAUGCAACAACUGAUUCCUAAGGGAAGUAUAUUUCAUAGGCACCCACGCAAGACCUGAAUCUGGGUCUGGGACAUAACUGCACACCUGUCCUCUUACAAGGGACUACAGUAUGAGAUCAUGAACUUUAAAGGGUCCCAUUUGGUGCUAUGAAAUGCAAUACUUCCCCAUCUGUAUCAAGUGCAUUACACAUAUACUGUAUUUUGUAAUAGAGAGAAUUUUACAGUGUAUAAAUAUUGAUAUUUAUCGCUGUACGAUGCUUGUUCAGUGUUAUUUAUGAGAGAGAAAAUAAAACCUGUCAGGCUUUGUUACAAA